UCAAGGGAUUGCUUAUUUGAAUAAUCGACUGGUCACGUGAUCAGCCCAGUUUUGCUUAUGUUUGUAUGUGGAGAUGCUCUUUUUACAGUGAAGCUAUGCAGGUCCUUUGUUCCCCCUGAGAGAAACUGAUAAAGUGAAUGUGAGUACAGCUCCACUCCUUUACGGUCUGUUUUCAUCCUCCUCUGUUCAGGGCUUGAUGGAUGACGUAGCCGCAGGUGAGAAAGGCCCUCAUUCGGAUUCAAUAUUUCGACCAAACUCCGUGGAAACGCUGAUCCUCUGACACCGCCUGCAGCGGGCUUUAUGGUAUGGAGCCUAUUGCGCCCCUUUGCUCACAGGCAGUGCUCAGGUAUUGACCAGAACAUGGGAAAAGAGAAAUGAACAACACGCAGCUCAGUAGCGCCUAAUAACAAAGGCAGCCUGCUCAGCCCGUUACCCGCCGCUUCGGCCCUGGCUGCGUGUGGAGUCCGCCACUCUGUUGUUAUGGGCUGCCCCGCCAGUGACGGGACGCGGGCCAGUAACGGCCCACAGCGAGCGAGCGGAGCGCUGCGGGAACGCUGACGCUGACCGCUCCGCCCGCGGCCGAGGCUGAUGGCCGGACGUCGUUUCAGGCUCCGAAGAUCGCCGAGUAAACGAGACGAGCGGCCGCGCGAGAGCACGGAAGAGCGAGGGCGGAGGAGGAAAGACGGUCGCUGAUGUGGAGAGGAGCAAUGGCCUCCGCGCGCGAGACGGCAGGAGCUGCUCCUCCUUCCGCUCCGCUGGGCGAUUACCGUUACUGCUGUGAGGCCGGCAUGGCGCGCGGCGGGAAUGUUACGGACUGAGGUUCGCGCGCGCUCAAAGCGAGGAGGAAUCCUCCUCACCGUGUGUAAUCCCCCCUCACUCCCCUCCCCCCACUGUCCGGCGCACACAAACACACGCGCGGCGGCGCGUCCACUUUCGGACUUCUUUUGUUUACUCAAGCAUGUGUUCAGGGUGAGAACAGGGCGCCGGAGCAAAGACCCUCGUUCUCAGAGCGCCAUGAAAACGCGUCGGACGCCCCGUGUGCACGCGUAGGGCGACUCGCGGUGACCCAUGGCAGUGGACUGUGACAGCGACAGAAGAGCGGCAGCGGCGGCAGAGCACAGGAGCCCGCGGGCCAGCGAGCGCAACGGCUACGUGAGCACGUGCGUCACCCCUCUGGAGCGGGACUGCCGCUGCGCGUGUGUGCAGGGGUGCGGUGGCCUCGCGUCUGCGGCGUGCGUCGCCUGCGUCGCGGUUUUCCUCGCGCUGCUCCUGCGGCUGGUGGACUGGGAUGCGCAGCGCGGCGGCGGCGGCGACUGCGGCGCGUGGACGGCGGCCUCUCCUUCUGCCCCUCAGCCGACUGACGGCGGCGCCCUGUGCACUCUGAUCUCGCCAGCCUUCACUCUCCUAUGUGCCUUCUUCUGGCUCGGCCUGUACCUGAUCCGCGGCGGCGCGCUCGCCGGCAGCGUCGCGCUCCUGCUGGCCGCGUGUCACGUGGGCGAGGCGGCGGCGCAGUGGCUCGUACGCGGCUCCGACGAGCAGCUGCUGUCGUUCACGGCUAGCGCGGCGGUGCUCGCGUGCGUGGCCGGCGCGGCACUCAUGGUGGUCCGCCUGGGCCAGGGCGUCUCCGUCAUCGUCUUCGUCAGCGUGGUGCGCGCCCUCGCCCUCAUCUCGCUACAGAAAGUGCGCGCGGGCUGGAGACCGUACGUGGCCUACCUGCUGGGGGUCCUCGGUGUGCUGCUGGCGCGCUAUGCUGACCGGCUGCUGCCGAAUCAGGGCGCACAGCGGCGCGAGGGCAGCGCCUCCGUGACGGGAGCGAGGGGAGACAUUCCCGUCUUUAAAAGGCGCAGGAGGUCCAGCUCCGUCGUAUCGUCAGACAUGGCACAUCACGCGCAGUCCAGCAGCAAGUCGCACAGGAGGACCUCCCUGCCAUGCAUUCAGAGGGACCAGAUGCUCCCACAGCAAGAAUGGGACCACAAGAGAAGUGCCCGUGGAUCACAGUCCUCAGGCACAAGUGUGAUGGUGGACAUUGCAGUGAUGGGUGAAGCACAUGGACUGAUCUCAGACUUGCUGGCUGACCCUUCACUGCCCCCCAACACCUGCAGCUCACUGCGGGCCGUCAGUAACUUGCUCAGUACCCAGCUCACUUUUCAGCCCCUCCACCACCGGCCACGCCUCAGCCCCCUGCUGGCCUUCAGUGAUGGACACACCUGCUCUGACUCUGAAGAGACUCCUGAGAAGAGUGAGAGACUGGCCAUCCCUAAGCGCUUACGGCGGAGUUUGCCUCCUGGGCUUCUGCGGCGCAUUUCUUCUUCAUGGACGACUACCACCUCUGCCACGGGGCUUCCCACCAUUGAGCCUGGCCCAGUGAGGCGAGACCACAGUGCCAGCAUCAAACCCGUCCAUGACAGUCCCUCCAGCAGUAUGGUGAAUGAUUCCAGGAACAGCUCUGUCUUGCUCGCUGUCUCCAAAUCUAGGUCCAUGUCUGCCUCCUUUGCCACUUCGGGCCCCAACUACCUCUACAGCAAAGGAAGGCGAGGCUACCCUCCCUUUAGCAUCUCUCCCAUGGUCUCCCCAUGUCACUCGCCUCCAGUCCAGGGAACCCCAGUCAACAGUCCCACCACUAAAGCCCCCUCAGUGGACCUGCCUGACCCUGGAGCACUUCAGGGCAACUGCCCCUCACCACAGACCCCUCACCGAGCCUUAAUCCACAGUCAAAGCGCACCUACUUCCAGCACCACACAUUGGAUACCCCCACCCCUCUGUAGCAGCUGCGGAAGGCCGUAUAGCAAAAUGUGGCAUGGAGAGGGCUCUACAGACAAAGGUGACAAACCACAACCGUCAGAUGAUCCGGUGUUGGCGUCUUCUGACUAUGACAGCACCUAUGAGACCAAUCACAGUGACAGCAGCGAUUUUGCACAGAACGAGGAGGAUGGAGAGGCUCAAAGAAAGCCCUUUGACACGCAAGACUCAUGCGGAACAUUUCAAGCAGAGGCUUUGGUUCUGCACCCCUUAAUACCACCAGAGGAUAAGCCCAUUCUGGCCCCAGAACCACUGGUGAUGGAGGGUCUGGAGGGUCUUAUGAGUCAGAUUAACAAUUGGAAUUUCCCAAUUUUUAACCUGGUUGAGAAAACGCAUGGCAAGUGCGGUUGCAUCUUAAGUCAGGUCUCUUAUAGGCUGUUUGAAGAUACUGGUCUCUUUGAAACCUUCAAGAUUCCAGUGAGGGAGUUUAUGAAUUACUUCCAUGCCUUGGAAAAUGGUUACAGGGACAUCCCAUAUCAUAACAGGAUCCAUGCUACAGACGUCCUUCACGCGGUUUGGUAUCUAACCACGCAGGCUGUGCCUGGCUUGCCUACACUGGGCCACAACUCUGGAUCAGUCAGUGAGUCAGACUCUGUCAGUGGGAUCACUCAUGGUCACAUGGGUUAUGUGUUCUCUGAAACCUACCCACAAAUGGAGGAUGGCUAUGGCUGUCUCUCAGGGCUCAUUCCUGCCCUGGAGCUGAUGGCCCUGUAUGUGGCAGCAGCAAUGCAUGAUUAUGACCAUCCUGGCAGGACCAACGCCUUCCUGGUGGCUACCAGUGCUCCGCAGGCGGUGCUGUACAAUGACCGUUCAGUUCUGGAGAAUCACCAUGCUGCCUCUGCCUGGAAUCUCUUCAUGUCUCGGUCUGAAUACAACUUCCUGGCCAACCUGGACCAUGUGGAGUUCAAGCGCUUCCGUUUUCUGGUGAUUGAAGCCAUCCUGGCCACAGACCUGAAGAAGCACUUUGACUUUUUGGCAGAAUUCAAUGCUAAGGUGGGGCAUGAAGGUUGCUCGGGUAUCGACUGGUCCAACGAGAAUGACCGACUCCUGGUUUGCCAGAUGUGUAUCAAGCUGGCUGACAUUAAUGGGCCACUGAAGCACAAAGAUCUUCACCUUCAAUGGACGGAGGGCAUUGUGAAUGAAUUCUAUGAGCAGGGUGAUGAGGAGGCCAGUCUGGGAUUACCCAUUAGCCCCUUCAUGGAUCGCUCAGCUCCUCAACUGGCCAAGUUGCAAGAGUCCUUCAUUACGCACAUCGUUGGACCACUCUGCAGCUCCUAUGACACAGCAGCCCUCAUGCCAGGCCAGUGGGUAGAGCAUUUGCCAGAUGAGGCUGAAGAAGAAACUGGUGUGGAGGAAACUGAUGAGGAAGAUGAGGAUACAACUGAGGAAGAUGCCUCUACCAGUUCAGAGCAGUCUCAGAAACUGAUACCCAAAAAGCGACGAAAAGUCUUCUGUCAGAUUAUGCAGCACCUUUUGGAGAACCAUGACAUGUGGAAGAAGGUGAUUGCUGAGGAGGCCCAAAGUCAAACAGAGGAGACAGAGUCCUCGUGCCUCAACAAUGCCUCUGAGCCUAUUCUGGCCAUUCAUGAAGAGGAAGAGGAGACAGGAAGCAAGGAGGAGCUGACAGAGGACAAGGAAGAAGAAACAGAAGGAGAGGAGGAGAUGGGGCCAACAGAAGAGGAGCAAAUAAAGGAACAGACUAAAGAGACUGACGAGACAAUAGAGCACGAGACACUGGUCAGAAAAGACCAGGAUACUGUAAAUCAAGACACAGAAACUGUAGAAAAAGUGGGAGAGGCAUUGCAGGAAUGGGAUGAGACCUCAGAUGAACAGAGCAAGGGAGAUGGAGAGUGAAAGAGGGACUUAUAGUGUGUUAGAGUUGAGAGAAUUGACAGAAUGCUUUUGUUUCCAAACAAGACUCCUGAUUAAUGGUUGCCAGCACAUCACUUAGACACAACACUGUAGAUGCUUUAGGGGAACAUGUGCCUAAAGGAAACAGGGUGGGAGAGAUCUGAGUGUCUUGGGAUGGGGUUUACUUCACCAGGUCCAAAACAGUAGGGGGUGGUACUAAAGGUCAGGGCAUAGAAUAGCAUGAAAUUUCAUAUAUAAACGCAUAUAAAUAUAUAUAAUUUUUUUUUUACAUAUUUCCUUGAUCAGGUUUUUUUUGGUGGUGCCCACACUGCAACUUAGUGCUGAAGUGCCACUUAACCUCCAUGACAGGGGUCUCAGUGACCUGCACUUUAGGCCAUUCAUUUCAAUGAGCAUUUUCUGAAGAGCCUAGUAUCAAGUUGAGGAAGAUGGAUACUAGGACGGCGAGAAGUCCACCACCUUUUCUUUUAGUUGCCACUUGUUUGUCUGUGGAGGUAGGUAGCACAUCCCCCGAGUUUGCCAGCUGCAUUGCCACAAUAGUGAAUGUUCCAAGUGGGUGUCCUUGCUGCAUUUUACACUGCUUUGUUUUGAAUUACCAGUCAGCUUUUGUUUCUUGGUACCUUUUCCUUAGUUUCUGACCUGAAUCCUGUUCCUCAGGAGAAAUGACAUUGUAAAUAUUGUGUAACCCUUUUGCUCUUUUUGUUUUCUGCCAGUGCACAAUGGUGGGGGAAAGGAAAUCACUUGUUUUUAUACGCUAAACUGAUUUAAUCAAAGACCUCACUAUUUUCUACAGGGAAAUGUCUCACAAGAUAGUUUAAUACACACAGUUCUAUUCAUAGCACCUUGAAACUUAUGGUUCUACUUCCCAGCUCUUUUUCAAUUACAUGUGUAUGAUUCUUUAGUGAUGGAAGCAGUCUAACUGCUCAAAUUGCUCGUUCAUGGGCAAGCAAAUGUCUAAACCGAUCCCUUUCUGUCCCAAAGCAUGCCUUCGAUCCAACCCUCUUAUUUGACUAGCACUUUUCUAACUGUAGAAUCUUUGUCAUUGUAAAGGUGCUUCUACAUACUGGUAUAGUUCCUCACUUCUCACACAUGUGGUACAUUUGCACCAAGACAUUACUUGUAGCGAUCUCUAAUGAGUUAUGGUAAUCAAAAACAAAAAAAUGCAACAAGAUGUGCCUGGAGGCCAAAGAGCAAGUGAAGGGCUCUCACAGUCCCUGCAGUCGUACACUCUCUUUAAACAAGAAGGACCACUCAUGCUCCAGCUGACCAAGUAGCAGCCAUGUCCUAGAGGCAGUCUAGUCAUGCACACAGGCAUGUGAGCAGCUAAGAAAUGCCCAAUACAGCACCCCAUGGGAGCUGCACACGCAUGAGACAUGGAGCCAUGCACCACAAAGAGCCACAGCACCGAUAUGUGCUGCUUAUACUGUCUUUGAUGUGCAGGGAGAGGCAGAUUGGUUCUGACUGCAGAACAGGGAGAGGUAACGUGUCUUCUACAGGCCUUAUCUGCCCGUGCCCGAUACUGCCGCAGCAUAACUUUGAAGAGGAGCCAAUUAAAAAUGUGAGAUUGGGAGGUGGGAAUUGGGCGUUAGUCAUAUAUGUCAGUUCAGUCCAGCGUUCACUCUUUUUUGAAAUUUCAACUUCAUUUGCAGCGCAGUGUAGGCCUCAGUAGCAGCGGCCAGCACAGCAGAAUCCAAAAGAAUCUAAUGAAUUAUUCAAGCAAUACUGACACGAUCUGUAGAGUGAUGUUGUUUUUUAUGAAUGCUAUCAUAUUCUAAAGUGGGCCACAGCUUUUUUUUUUUCUAUUUUUUUUUUCCUAAAACAAUGCUGUUAUGCGUGCCAAAUAUGACUUCAAAAUGCUUCUUUAACUUCAUUGAAAGUAUGCAGCAGUGGAACUGUCUGAACGUCUGCUACAUUUUUUGGGCUUUUAAUGGGUCAUGAUUUUAUUUGCUUUGUUUUGGAGGACUUUAAUAUUGGGAAAUGGAAAACUAUGACAAUUAGGUCAGCGAUGGCCUGCUGAACAGUCGUAGUUCAAACAGUACAUCUGUGUGUGUCUGUGUGUGUGUGUGUGUGUGUGUGUGUGUGUGUGUGUGUGUGUGUGUGUGUGUGUGUGUGUGUGUGUGUGUGUGUGUGUGCGCGCAUGUGAACAUUAAAAUAAUAAGGCUUCAAAUUUCUUGUAGAUAUAGCUAUUUUAGUGCAAGGACAGUAGAUUUGUGUGAUCAGCAGGUACUGUCUCUAAGUGAUCCAUUCAAAUCAUGCUACUUUUCACCCCAAUAUCUGAGCAAUAUUCUCAUAUUCUAUUCCAUUCAUAUAUGCUAUCCUGUCAAUUAACCAUAGCUUUAAGAAACAGGGCCAUCUUGCUUUAAGUACGUUUAGAAGCCAUGAGUUUCUCAAGCCUGUUCAGUAGAAUCAGUGCCUAUUUCACAUUUUAACCUUCACCCCUAUUCCCCCAGUUCAGUGUCUGAGAUGUAAACAUAGUCAUUCAGAGUGUGAUGAUGUGAAAUGGUUCAUUGUAGUGAGACUUACUGACUUGAUUUUUACAGUGGUGGUGAUAGUAAACAGGGCUCACUAUGACCCUAUGUCUACAACACAAAUAUAGCCAUUUGUGACUAUCCAAAACCACCAGCAAACCUACAGACAAGUUUUUUUGUGGACUGUCUACCACAUAACACUGUGCAUGCCCCCCCCCCCCCCCCCCCUAAACUUUAAAAACAAUGUCUCAGGCAUCAGGAAGUGUAUUUGUAACACUUCGCAUUUCUUUAGCAUUCUGAGGAUUCACAUCAAACCACUCUGAAUUACUUUGUUGACACUUUAACAAUAUAAUUAAGCCGGAAAAACAAAGAAAUCAGAAACAGGAGUGGAAUUUUCUCCUUAACAUAAUAGCCAAGACCCCUUUUUUCCAUUAUAUAUCUACCACUUUGUACUAGAGCAUCAAAAGAAACUUGACAAAACUGGGGAAAUCAGACGGUCUAAUAGGGCGCUGAAAAAAGUCUGGCCACAACAGUUUAAUCCAUGGCUUCGUCAUGUGAUUAGACAGAGACAGAUAGUGUUUAUGUUGCCAUCACACAGCUGUGUUGUACUGCAUGCACCUCUCUUUCUGAUGGCCCUCCUCCCACUGUUUGGCCUUCAGUUUAAUUAGAACAGUCAAGCUUCUCUCUGGUAUUUCUGUUCUGUCGUUAUGUGCAUCAUACAGAACAUCCUGGCACAUUUCUUUCUGAUUUGCUGUAUAUUUUGCUUGUUUUAAUCAUUCUGCAGACAAGUGUACAUUCCACAACACAAACAUAGGGGGGUAAAGGCAUUUCAGGGUGUUUUGUGAGCCUCCAAGCCCUACUGUAUUGUUAUGUGUUCCAGAGAUGUGCAAUAGCUCGCUCACUCAGGCACUGGGGUAAAAUUAAACAAAUGCACCAUAUUCAUCCAUCAGGACCUCUUUGCAUUCCAAGUCACAACAGUCAGUUUGGGUAGAGAGGUAUUGUCAGGCGCAUCAGCGGAGUUGUAGAAUACGAAUACGCCUUUCACAAAAAGUAUAGUUCUUCCUUCGUUGUCAUUCUUAAUCUAUAUUUUCUUCAUAUUCCUGUUCCUAGCUGGUUUGGCCUAUGUCACUCUGUAGCUAUUGCCAGCCCGUAUGUCUUAACCUAUAUGCAUCUGCUAACUGUAGUCACUGGGCACUCUUUUCUUUCACCAAAAGUAACAAACAAGCUUUACACCUCUCUCAAAAUGAGAAAUGAGACUUGUACUUUUUUAUAUGUAGUGGGCACCUCACUGACUAAAUAAUUAUUUUUCUUCUCACUAGUAUGUUGCACUUAAUACAUAUAGCAAUACCUAUAGAAAGGGGAGCUGUGUAAUUCACCAGUAUUCAUUAAGUGAAAUACUCAUUUUAUUGCUGGUUAUGGUUCCAUUUUGUACAAAACAAUAUGCUGUACAGGUAUAAAGGGAGGAGGCCGAAAAGGAAAAAAAUGACAAAUGUCUUUUGGAUAAACUUUAUUUAUUUUUACUGUUUUGUAAUUUAGACACUAAACUGUAGCUCCUUCUAUGGCCAGAAAUGCUGGAAGUGCCUCUUGGUAUAAUGUAUUAUACAGUAAAUAUAUAUUAUUAGAACUUGUCACAAGCUGAAAUUGUGGAUGUUGUAAUGUGAAUACAGUUUAAUAACGUGUUAAA